AUGCUAGCUGUCACACUCCUGAGCCUGGCCCUGCUAGGAAGCACCUGUGCCUGCUCCACCAGCACCUCGUAUGAGGCAGGCAUUGUGUGCCGAAUCACCAAGGCUGCCCUUCUGGUGUUGAAUCAGGAGACAGCCAAGGUCAUCCAGACAGCUUUCCAGAGAGCCUCCUACCCAGACAUCAAGGGUGAGAGGUCUAUGAUGCUCCUUGGCCGAGUCACGUAUGGUUUGCACAACAUCCAGAUCAGCCACCUGUCCAUUGCCAGCAGCCAGGUUGAGUUGGUGGAGGCCAAAUCCGUCGAUGUCUCCAUUCAGAAUGCAUCUGUGAUCUUCAAGGGGACCCUGAACUAUGGCUACAAGGGCGCCUGGGGGUUGAACAUUGAACAGUCUGUCGACUUUGAGAUUGAGUCGGCCAUUGACCUCCAAAUCAACACGAAGCUGACCUGUGACUCUGGCCAUGUACGGACUGAUGCCCCUGACUGCUCUAUCUCCUUCCAUAAGCUGCUCCUGCACCUCCAAGGGGAGCGUGAGCCUGGGUGGACUAAGCAACUGUUCACAAAUAUCAUCUCCUUCACCCUGAAGAUGGUCCUGAAGGGACAGGUCUGCAAGGAAAUCAACGUCAUCUCCAACAUCAUGGCUGACUUUGUCCAGACAAGGGCUGCCAACAUCAUCUCAGAUAGAGACAUCGAGGUGGACAUUUCCUUGACAAGAUCACCCAUCAUCACGGCCACCUACCUUGAGUCCCAUCACAAGGGUCAUUUCAUCUACAAGAACAUCUCUGAGGUGCUUCCCCUCCCUGCCUUCUCACCCACACUGCUGGGGGACACCCGGAUGCUCUACUUCUGGUUUUCUGAGCAAGUCCUCGACUCCUUAGCCAAGGCUGCCUUCCAGGAUGGCCGCCUCCAGCUCAACCUGGCAGAGACAGAACUCAAGGUGGUGCUAGAGACUUGGCACUUCAACCCUAACCAGGAAAUCAUUCCGGAGGUAAUCACGGGAUUCCCCAGCCCAGGCCAAGUCACUGUCCACUGCCCGAGGAGGCCUACAAUCUCCUGCCAGAACAAGGGUGUCGUGGUCAGUUCUCCUGUGGUGAUGGAAUUCCUCUUCCCACAUAAGGAUGGGCAAGAUUCUGUGACUCACACUUUUGAAGAGGAUAUUGUUGCUACCAUCCAGGCCUCCUAUUCCAAGAAAAAGCUCUUCUUAAGCCUUGUGGAUUUCCAGAUUAAACCAAAGACUACCUCCAACAUGGCUGAGAGCUCCGAGUCCAUCCAGAACUUCCUGCAGUUGAUGAUCACAACAGUAGGCAUCCCCGAGAUCAUGUCUCGGCUGGAGGUGGCAUUGACAACCCUCAUGAACAGCAAAGGCCUGGACCUUUUCGACAUCAUCAAUCCUGAGAUCAUUACUCGUGACGGCUUCCUGCUGCUGCAGAUGGACUUCGGCUUCCCAGAGCACCUGCUGGUGGAUUUCCUGCAGAGCCUGAACUAG